ACCUCAGAAGUAACCUCUGAGACAAUAAGCACACGAGUGCUCUCCACUGUACCAGAAUCUCUGCAGGUGUUCCAGGGACGAAGGCUGGAGCAGAUCCACAGAGCUCACAUGUUGCCCAGGCAGAACCCACAGAGCCCUGAGUCACCCCAAUGAGCAUGCUGAGAUGGAAGGCAGACAUCUCUAGACUGAGAAUAGUCUCUCUACACUGCUCAGAAAGAGAGGCUCAGGCGCCUGGCAGACCCAAGGACAGCUUUGCUCUGAAGCCCUGACUCUCAGAAAGGCAACUGUGCUGUGAAGGUGCCAGAAAAUGCCUCACCAUGAGAGCUGACAACCAGAGCCUCCUGGGGGGUCCUCCCAGGGACUUCAUCCUCCUGGGUGUUUCUGGCAGGCCAUGGCUGGAACUCCCUCUCUUUCUGGUCCUCCUGGUGUCCUACAUUCUUGCCAUGUUGGGGAACAUUGCCAUCAUCCUGGUGUCCCGGCUGGACACCCAGCUCCACAGCCCCAUGUACUUCUUCCUCAGCCACCUUUCCUUCCUAGACCUCUGCUAUACCACCACCACAGUCCCCCAGAUGCUGGUCAACCUGGGAAGCUCCAGGAAGACCAUCAGCUAUGGGGGUUGCACAGUACAGUAUGCUGUUUUCCACUGGCUGGGAUGCACCGAGUGCAUCGUGCUGGCUGCCAUGGCUCUGGACCGCUACGUGGCCAUCUGUGAGCCCCUGCGCUAUGCCCUCAUUAUGCACCGCCCUCUCUGUAAGCAGCUCAUGGCCAUGGCCUGGCUAAGUGGCUUUGGCAACUCCCUGGUUCAGGUAGUCUUGACGGUGCAGUUGCCUUUCUGUGGGCGGCAGGUGCUAGACAACUUCUUCUGUGAGGUGCCAGCUAUGAUCAAGCUGUCCUGUGCCAACACCACCGUGAAUGAUGCCACACUGGCCGUGCUGGUGGCCUUCUUUGUGUUGGUCCCCCUGGGGCUCAUCCUGCUCUCCUACGGCUUCAUUGCCCGGGCAGUGCUCCGGAUCCAGUCCUCCAAGGCUCGGCACAAGGCUGUUGGGACCUGCUCCUCCCACCUGGCAGUGGUCUCCCUCUUCUACCUCCCUGCCAUCUACAUGUACCUGCAGCCCCCAGCCAGCUACUCCCAAGAGCAAGGCAAGUUUAUCUCCCUCUUCUAUUCCAUCAUCACCCCCACCCUCAAUCCCUUCAUCUACACCCUGAGGAACAAGGAUGUGAAGGGAGCUCUGAGAAAACUACUCACAAAGCUGUGGCAGCUCUGCAGAUAGUGAAGACCUGGGCCGGGUCACUUUGAUGGCCACAGACUCAGCAGGUGGGUCAUGUGCUCAGAGAACCUUUCACU